AUGGCCACAGAGGCCGAGUCCCUGCACAAUGCUGGCUCAGCAGCCGAUGCUCCGAAUCCCUUCAACUUCCAAACACAGGUGAUCUCAACCACUCCUGUCAAAUCGCAGAACGUUGGCCAGCGCCGUGGGCAUCGGUACAAGCAUAGUAGCGUGUCGGCACAGCACCAGAUCUUCCAGGAGCCGCCUCCCAGACCGCCGCCCGUCCUCCCCGCCUCGCUCCCCACGCCGACCAUCAAGGAGGCAUGGCGAAGCCUGCAGCGAGACCAGCGCAUGCGCCUCUACUGGGGCCUGUGCCACGUCGCCAUCGCCAUGUUCAUCUUCUACCGCUCCGGCGGCUCCCUCGCCGCAAUGGCCCUGUCCCACCUCGUCUUCUUCGACGCCGGGAGCGCCGCCGUGUGCGUUGUCGUCGACGUCCUCGGCAACUUCGAGGUCUGGCGCCGCAGCAGCAUCCGGCACCCGUUUGGACUUGAGCGAGCCGAGAUCCUGGCCGGCUUUGCCAUGUCCAUCUUCCUCCUCUUCGGCGGCUUCGACCUCCUCUCGCACAACCUCAAGCAUAUCCUCGAAUCCGUCGGCGACCACGAAGCCCACCAUGAGCAUGAGCAUGGCCACGGCCACGAGCGAAUCUCGCUUGACGUUGUGUCAGCUGCCGCCAUCGCGAGCACGCUCGUGUCCGCCUAUGGCCUGAAGAACCACGCGCGCAUCGCCAAGGUCAUGAGGGUCUCGUAUCUGGCCACCCUGCCGAGCAUCCUCUCCAACCCUUUCCACUUCUUCACCCUCUUCUUCUCCGCCCUGAUCUCACUGUUGCCUAUGCUGUCUAUUUCUCUGUAUGCCUGGCUUGAUCGGCUCAUCUGUGCCGUCAUCUCCCUCGCUAUGUUCAGCUUGGGCAUGCGUGUUGCUGUUGCCCAAGGACUCAUGCUCCUCAUGUCCUACGGCGGGAACAGGGGCGACGUUGGCGUCACCGCCGUCCUGCGUGAAAUCGAAUCCGAAUCGGGCAUUGCCCGUGUGGACGGCGCCCAAUUCUGGCAAGUCCACUAUGGCCUGUGCAUGGCCAACUUGAAGCUCAUCAUUACAAAUGGCUACGAUGAGCUGGCACUGGUGAAGCUGCGCAAUCGCAUCUCGGCCCUCAUCCAAAACAGAUUAGGAGAAGGCUACGGCAACGGGGGAAACGUAAGGUGGGAGGUGACUCUGGAAACGACCGUUGAUGCCGGCACUUGA